GUAAAAUUUCUUCUCUCGUCCGAGAUGGUGGAAGUGUUUUACUAAAUUUCUCGAGUUAUCAUUAUCACUAAAACAAGAUAGCUGAUAUCUGCAACAACAAUAAACUGCUGGUGCGGGUGUCAGUUAUCCUCCCCGCCAUUUGUGGCUUACAUUUAUCUCACACAGAUCGUCAACUUUCGAUCGGUCUAAAGUAGAAUUUGAGUCCUACUUUAGCAUUUUGGCGAAUUCCAAUCCUGUGACCCAUUGUGUGCUGCAAACAUGAGUGAGAGCUCGCCGGAUGGGAUGUCCUCGCCUCGGAAGGACUUCUUUUGUGGCGUUGUCGAAGGAUUCUACGGACGCCCUUGGACCACCGAGCAGAGGAAGGACCUGUUCCAGAAGCUCAAGAAAUGGAAUGCAGACAUGUAUGUCUACGCUCCAAAAGAUGACUACAAGCACAGAGCAUACUGGAGGGAGCUCUAUACAGUUGAGGAAGCGGAACACCUCACCUCACUCAUAUCUGCUGCGAAGGCGCAGGGCAUCACCUUCUGCUAUGCUCUGUCCCCGGGCCUUGAUAUUACAUACAGCAGUCAGAAAGAAAUCACUACUUUGAAGAGGAAACUUGAGCAGGUGUCUCAGUUCGGCUGCACAUGCUUCGCCCUGCUGUUUGACGACAUUGAGCCAGAGAUGACUGAAGCUGACAAGCAGAUCUUCCAGACCUUUGCUCAUGCUCAGGUGUCAAUAACAAACGAGACACACCAGCAUCUCGGCCGGCCUCGCUUCCUGCUGUGCCCCACGCAGUACUGCUCCACUCGCGCCGUGCCCACCGUCAGCAGCUCCGAGUACCUCACCACGCUGGGCACCAAGCUGGACAGGGCUGUCGACAUCAUGUGGACCGGUCCCAAGGUGAUCUCGAAGACUUUAACCCGCGAGUGCAUAUCCGAGAUCACGGCGGUGCUGCGCCGCGCGCCCGUCAUCUGGGAUAACCUGCACGCCAACGACUACGACCAGAAGCGGAUCUUUCUAGGUCCGUACUGUGGUCGCUCCCCUGAGUUGAUUCCACUACUCCGCGGUGUACUCACCAACCCGAACUGUGAAUACAACGCCAACCUCGUCGCCAUAUACACGCUGGCUCUGUGGGCGGGGUGUAGCCAGGACGCUCCUACGCAUAUGGACUCAGUAUCGUGGGACAUCAAGCUGGAGCGAGAGAGCGAGGAGGGAGUCUGCGAGGACGAGGCCCCUCUCACUCUGAACAAACACGUGUACCAUCCGCGGCAGGCGCUCAGGCUAGCUAUCGACGAAUGGCUUCCCGAGUUCUCCAUACCGAAGACCGCACAGGGACCCGUCAUCAAACCACAGCCGCCUAUUGUGCCCCCCGUGCCAAUCAUCCCAAUCGUUCCAUCAGUGAACACGUGCAUGACUCUCGUCUCAUGCUGUACCACUCUCAGUACGACCCAGGCUUGCAUACCGACCGUCAGCACCAGCCAACUGCAGGCGCUGCACCCGCCCACUGUAACGACAGCAAUGGAAGCAGUGAACCCAGUGUCCAACCCAGUCAUGAACUCAUUGGUAUCAGCAUCAACAGUGAUCCUGAACGACGCCAUCCCCAACCCAAUCAUACCGAUGGCCAGUUCGAAUAUAAACAUACCGGCCGAACUGCCCGUGUCAACGCUACCCGUGCCGAUAUUGGGACUUAAGACACUUCUGUUCAAGGCACACGACCAAGAGAACGGGGAUAAGUCUGACGAUACGAUGUCGGAUAAACCAGUCCAGAGUCCUGAAGGUAUCAGCGAUAGCCUCGUGAACGACAGUCUGGAGAGCCCCAGCUUCAUCGAGCAGAUGAACAAGAAAGAGAAGGCUGACAUGGACGACGGGGAUCAGAUUAUAGUGGACGAUGAGAAGGAGUUCGGCCAUAAUGGUGUCAUGAGUAUUGGUGAGACGCCCCCGAGGCUGAGUCCGUCGCGCGACGCCGCCGAGCCGCUCGACGCGGACGCGCCCAGCGACGUCAACAUGGCCGACGCCGUCAGCGAGAACGGGUCGAUGCAAGUGGAGCCGAGCCACAGCCCGCUCAGCACCGACAUGAUGGUGGAGGCGGCGGACGCGGCCGACACGCAAGACGACGCCCAAAUCGCCGAAUCCUCAACCGCCCUCACCACAGACGACCUAAUGCUUCUGUGCGAGCUGUUCUACCUGCCCUUCGAGCACGGGUCGCGCGCGCUGCGCCUGCUGCACGACUACCACUGGCUCGUGUCGCACCCGCCGCCGCCGCCGCGGAGCAAGCCAGAGACAUCCGAGUGGCGCCGCCGCCGCUACCGCUUUGCGUGGUGGGCGUGGCGAACGCGUCGACUCACUCGACGCCUGCAGCUGUGCGCAAACAAGGAACUAUGCGCAGAGUUGUAUCCUUAUUUAUGGGAAUUGUGCGCUGUGUUGACGCUACUGGAGGGCUUUGUGAAAUGGCUAGAGCUGGGGAAACUUCCACCCAACGCUAACCUCACGCCUCAAGGAACCUAUACAUGGUUCUCCAAAGGCUGGCGCGAAGCCUUCGAGAGCGGCGCUCAAGAGCCGUGGGUGUUCCGCGGCGGAGUAACCGCCGAGCUGCGGCGGCUGGUGCCCGUGGAGUCCAGCCCCGAGGCCGCGCGCGCCGCCCGCCCGCCCCCGCGCCUGCCGCCCAGCAUCGUGCCCUACGCGCCCAAACAUGAGCAAGCCGUGCGCGAGUUGUGCCACCUGACGUGCCGCGACGGCUCCGACUGCACGUCGCUGUUCCCCGCCGACCUGCAGGACCUGCCCGCCGACAGACUAAUAAUGCCGUUCCUGACCCUCUAUCCGGAGUACUGCAUGGUGGUAGAAGAGACCCUGGAGGACCCCCCCGCGCCCGACGCACCGCCCCCGGACGAACCUAAAGUUAUAGGCUACGCGGUAGCGGCGCCGGACGCCCGUGAGUUCUACCGGCGGCAGGAAGUCGCGUGGAUACCGGAGCUAUGCAACAAGUACCCUAAGAGCCUACUUGAACGGACCGACCUAUCUCCAGCAGCUAGGGAAUGCAUAACGGAGCUGCACCUCAACUCGCCGGUCCUGCCGCCGGCCGCCCUGCGCCAGCACCCCGCCCUCAUCCAGUGCAGCGUGGGCGGCGCCCAGCCGCGCCUGCUGGUGUGUCUACGCGCCGCGCUCGCUGCUAGCGGAGUGACGGGCGCGCACGUGUGCAUCAACGCCACAGACUCGCUGCUACACCAGUUCUACGGCAAGCUGGGCUUCACGGAGCUGGCCGCGGAGGGGCCGCGGGUCUACCUCGGUAUGUCGCACAUUCUAGCAUAAGCUAGUGGCGGCUCCAGCCAGGACCGUCAUUCGAGUGACGCUGCCCGACAAGAACCGCAAGAAGAUCGGAAGACGACGGAAGUAAAUAAAAUAAUAAAAGUAAAUCUAACAGAACGCUUGUCCCACUUCUGAUUACCACAGUGGGUUACAUAGUGGUGAGAAUAUACAUGUUUUCAAAUUCAAAAUUAGCUGAAGUCUGCGUUUUCCCACUUCUGAUUACAUCAUUUGGGGUUA